AUGAAAAAAAACUUACUUCCAUUAUUUAUUUUUAUAUUAUUUUUUUACAGUGUUGUAAAUAGUAGUUGUCCAAUUUGUUUGGAAGAAAAUGAUAUUUGUGGGACUAUAGGAACUUGUAGCUAUGGUACAACUUGCUUUAAAAACUCUUCUCUACCAUCAAGUCAAAUUAGAAAAUGUACCAAAUUCUUGGGAGAGGGUGAUGAAUGUGGAAUUAGUAAUUUUAAAGAUUUAUGUGUUGGUGGUAAGUUAUCAUGUUUGUACCAUAGUUUCGCGACUUUAGGUGAGUAUUGUGAAUUAGAUACGGAUUGUGCAACUGAUCAACUUUCUUGUGCUAAUAAGGAAUGUAGAUUGAAACUUUCUAAAAAUUGUGAUGGAUCGGAUUCAAAUUGUAAUUAUGAUGAAUAUUGUAUAGAUGAUUCUUGUAAAAAAAUAAAAUUUGAGGGUGAAUCGUGCACUUCCUCAAGCCAAUGCUUUGGUAAAAUGUCAUGUAAAAAUAAUGUUUGUUUUAAAUCAAAACUAGUUGGAUUAGGUGCUGAUUGCUCUAUUAAUAAUUGUGAUUACAAUAAAGAAUUAUAUUGCUCAUAUGAUAUUUGUAUUGAAUACGUUGAACCAAGCACAAAAUCAUGUAAUCCUAAUGCUACAUCUAACCAAUGUCCAUCCGAUCUAAUAUGUAGUUGUUCAGAUGAAGAAUGUUAUACAAUUUAUCCAACUCCACCAGAAAUGGAUAAAUAUUAUUAUUCAGACGAUUUGGAUAAGUGUGCAUUUGAUAAUAAGUGCUCAAUGGGUGAUGGUUAUAGAUAUAACUCAAAAUCCUGUAUUUCAAAACAUUGUAAAAAACAAAUAUGUAGUGGUUUAGUAGGUGGUUAUAAUAUUAAAGAAAGUGAUGAUUGUGGAAAGAAUGCAUUUUUUAGAGAUUCAUACUGUAAUUCUUCAUUUAAACUCACUCAAUCAAUAACCUCUUUAUUUGUAGUAUUAUUUUUUGUUUUUGUUAUUACUUUUUAA